GGCAAUACACAUUACACAACACACUACUCUAGCUAUUUUUAUUCCUAUUCUAUUCUUUUCUCCUUCCCCUGUUCUAUUUCUAUCUCAAUAACUCCCUUAAACCCUACACUUGCACUUUGCAAGUCCAAAAAUAUGUUUAUUUCUCAAUCCCCACUUGUUAUUCUACUCUUUUUCUUAACCAUUUUCAACAUUAAUUUUACAACAUCUGAAACUAUAUAUGAAAUUCUUGGUAAAAAUGGUUUACCAAUGGGCUUGUUACCAAAAGGGGUGUCAAAUUUCACUUUUGAUAAAGAAACUGGAAAAUUUGACGUGCAUUUAGAUCAAGCUUGUAAUGCUAAAUUUGAAGAUGAAAUUCAUUAUGAUUGUGAUAUUUCUGGAAACUUGAGUUUUGGUCAUAUUGGUGGGUUAUCAGGUAUUUCUGCACAAGAUUUGUUUUUAUGGUUUCCUGUUAAGGAAAUAAGGGUGGAUAUUCCAAGUUCUGGAUUGAUUUAUUUUGAUGUUGGUGUUGUUUCUAAGCAAUUUUCUUUAUCUUCAUUUGAAACACCAAGAGAAUGCUUAGCUUCUUCAGUUCACCCCAUUGAGAUAAUUGUAUCAUCUACGAAUGUACCAAGAAAGUUGCGGAUCCGAAAAAGGGAUCAUCAAGAACAUGUGAUGACAGUUUUGUGAAUUUGAAGUUAAAGAUGGUAUAUAUAGGAAAGUGGCACAAUCUCUCAAUCAAGUAAUGGGUAUUUCCAUUUCUUGCGUUUAUAGUUGUUCUUCAAAAGGUUCAAAAAUCUGUUGUGCUUCCUUUUUUGGUGUUCUUUGUAUAGUGUAAAAUCUGUAAACUAGUCUCAAAUGCAAGCUCCUGUAUAUGCAAUAUGGUUACAUUGGAUUGAACUUGAAGAAAAUACGAUAUAUAAACACACAUUGUAGAAGCAAGUGACAUAGAGGGCUGCUGCUACGGUUCACUGAGAUUUAGUCCAAUGUCGCUUGAAAGAAAUUCACAAGGUAUGCAAGUUAUAUAUAUGGGAGCAAUGGAUUAAAGGUUACAAAUCAGGUGAUGACACAUGUUUAUCUUAUGUUGUUGAAUUCAUUUUACAAAUAUGAACAUAAAACAUCUUUUUGUAGUCAUAAGUUGCUUUGAUAGAAUAAAUAAGAAAUAAAGUGCAUCCUUAUUGCCUUUUA